GGUAUCCAUGAACUGAAACUAUGAGCUAUUUUCACUAUAAAAUUAAGCGUCAAUUCAUUAGAAUUUUUAAUAAAGUAAAAGAAUUGAUUAAAAAUACUGAAAGAAUAUCAAAAUAUUUUGAAAUAGAAUUUUUAUUUUGAUCAUCAAAAUAAGUUCUCAUAUUUGAUAAUUAUGUGGUUUGUUCCCGGAAAUAAUUUUAAUUCCGUACCGUAGAUUUGUCAUUGGUCCACGCCGCGCCUAUACUAUUACUAGUAUGGUCCAUGCAGGUCUACGUACGUCUCUGUAAAAAAAGAAGAACUAGACGCCAACUUCAGCUACGAUACGUGUUUAUUUUUAUUGCAGAAGAAGGAAACAAGGAUAAGGAAUUGAUAAGUGAUCUUUGUGGAUUUGUCUGACGUUGGAAUAUCACCAUCAGAAAGAGGGAAUCUUUGCAGUAUAUUUUCAUGAUUUGACGUGUUUCAAACAAGGUAUUUUCCUUCUAAAAGCUAGUUUUCUUUCUUGGUGUGUUUCUGCCGGUGGCGGUGGCGUAACUGUGACACAAAAGGGAUUCAUCGCACGUCGACGUCGUCAGCGUGCCGGUGGGUCAAGUCAGCGUACCGGGUACCCUGUCGGCUGUAUCACCCGUCAAUGUCACAGGGCAGAGCUCGUUCAUUCGAGGAUCUAUUAUUAUUAAUUUGGCAGUGCAUCGAGGCUCAGACUCAGUUGGGGAAUGGAACACCAGUGAGCACUGUCCAUUGAGUCAACGAAAUCUAUAUUUAUGCCAGACCGGACCUCCACCAUUGGAUUUUUAUUAUACCGCCUUAUUAUUACCGGUACUUUCACGAAGUAACAGACUCCAGAAAAUUUUAAAAUUUGCGAAGACAUGUCAUGAAAUGAGUGAAUGAAGAGGUGACAAGAAAAGUGGAAACUUCUAACAGUUAAUUUUCAUGUAAAUGUCUGCCCAACCCCCAAACCCAAGUCUGUUUUCUAUUUUGAAUAAAAAUAGCCAACUUCAUUAAAAGAGGUCUAAGUCAUCUAACGUUACUUACUUGGUUCUCGACAAAGUGAAAGGCAAAAUUUCCCUAAAUAAACAUGGAAACUCUUGUAGGCUCUCCUUUGACUCUUGUUGUAAAAGCACCAAACCAGGAGAUAGGUGAUCAAACUGUUGAAUGUUUUCUUGACUGGACAGUAAGGAAGCUGAAAAAACAUUUAUCUGCUGUUUAUCCAACCAAUCCUAAUGAGAGAAGUCAAAGAAUUAUAUACUCUGGAAAGCUACUCCAAGACAACUUGCUGUUAAAGGAUGUCUUACAUGUACCAUUGAACAAUCCUAAGGAGAAUAGAUGUACAGUUCACUUGGUCUGUACACCACCCCCAGAGGAGCUCGCCAAGAGAGAAACAAGCAGACAGAGUCAAGAAACAGUACUAUCAAAUAAUGAUGGUCUUAGACAACGGACAUCAACACAACGCGUCCCUCAACCUGAACAGCCGUAUCAAAAUGCUUAUCCCGAUGCCACUUCUUUGCCUUCAACAUCUGGCUCAGUCCCAGUGCCUCAACCUGGCGUCAUGCCAAACUCUUCCAUGUCUACUGCACAAAUGCAAUGGAUGCAACAUGUGUAUGCCCAGCAGAUGGCUGCCUACAUGCAAUAUGCGAGUAUGAUGGCAGCAAGUAGUGGUGGGAUGCAGGCCGGUUGGAACCAAGCUUAUCCAAUGACAUCAUCACCAUGGUUACCACCUUCAGUACCUCACCCUGCUACAUCGAUCAACCAACCGCACCCCAACCCAGCCCCUGGUCAACAAGCUGAAGCUGCCCCACCCCCAGCUCCCGCUGCUGCUGCUCCAGCCCCUGCUGCUGCUGGCCCACCCCCACAGAGGAUGAACGUUGGUGGUGGUCAGGCUGGUGAUAUGGAUGAGGAAGGAGUGAGACGGGAUUGGUUGGAUUGGACGUUCACUCUGUGCCGGUUUGGAAUCUUGCUGAGCAUCGUCUAUUUUUAUUCAUCUAUUCAUAGAUUCUUGAUGGUUGCUGGAGCUGUGUUUGUUAUGUACUUAUAUCAAGCAGGAUACUUUCAGUUGAGACGGAGACAAAGAGCAAGACCACCUGUAACCCCACCCCAAGAACAACUUCCAAGGGAGGAAACCCCACCCAGUGAUGGACAACAAGAUGAUCAGCCUGAGGAAUCGGAGAGCAGUACUAGCGGCAGUGAUGACGUUGAUGGUAGUACAGAAGCUGAACCAGUAGAACCUCCCCGGCCCGGUAUGUUAGUUACAGUCUGGAUCUUUGUCUCUACAUUCUUUACAUCAAUACUUCCUCAGGGUCCUCCUCAACAGUUUCCUGCAAACUAAUAAACUUGCAGGGACCUCCUGAACAAUUCCUUAUAUUGUGGACAUUCAUGGCAUUGCCUAUGUAUACUGCAUCAUUUGGACCAUCUCACCAUAUUACAUGUAUGUCAAAUCAAGGCUUCUAGCUGGAUUGCAGGGAUCCACUCAUAUUUUCUUCUGAUGAACUCUUUACAUGAGUUUCCAGUGGGAAACAAGUAACCAUCUUUGUUCGCUGCUACAGCAGUUCUUGUGUUAGAACAAGAUGACAAGAUGGAAUAGUUUAGGUGGAGGCUUACCUAUUAUAACUUGAAGAGAACGCCCUGUGGAUUUUAUAUUUUUCUAAUCUGAAGUUACAGUAACCAUGUCUAAAAUUUGAAUACGAUUUUAAAUUCGCCAUGUGAAGUCGGCGUUCUAUAAAUCAUGAUAAAUAUUUAUUUCAAGGCCUUUCUCUUUUCACUUUUAGGCAGCUAUUAUUGCAAAGAAUAUUUACUAUAAACCAGAUUUGAAUGAUCGAUUCUUCUUGGUGUUUUGAUUU